AUGUCCGACUCACCGGUCGCCCGUGUGAGCCGGCCUCACGGUCCUUUCAUAGGACGUGAGUUCAAGUUCUGGAAGCGACGGCGUCAACUUCCAUUUCGCAAAUCCGAAGCCGAGCUAAGUCUUUUGGGAAAUUUACAGGGAAACAACCAAGUGGCUGCCCCGACACAGGCCAAGUCAGCCUCUGUGCCGAAUACCAAAGGCCCCGAUGUGAAACCACGCCUCCUUCUGAUGGGACUCCGCCGGAGCGGAAAGUCCUCAAUCGCCAGCGUGGUGUUUCACAAGAUGCCCCCAAAUGAAACACUCUUUUUGGAAUCUACCACACGCAUUCAAAAAGAUUCAAUCCACUCUUUCAUGGACUUCCAAGUUUGGGAUUUCCCCGGUCAACUCGAGUACUUCGAGUCUGCGUUUGACCUCGAAGAUAUCUUCGGCAGCCUGGGCGCAUUGGUCUGGGUGAUUGAUGCGCAAGAUGACUAUCUGGACUCGGUAGCGCGACUCAACCGUACUAUCCUGACUGUCCAGCAGUUCUACCCCGGUAUUAACAUUGAAGUUUUCAUCCACAAAGUGGAUGGACUAUCUGACGAGUACCGCACCGACACAUUCCAAGACAUCGUGCAGCGCAUUUCAGACGAGCUCAGCGAUGCUGGAUAUGAGAAUGCGCCUGUGCAUUACUAUCUCACAUCCAUCUACGACUACUCUGUGUUCGAAGCGUUCAGCAAGGUCAUUCAAAAGCUCAUCCCGAAUCUGUCUACGCUUGAGAAUCUCAUCAAUACCUUAGCCAAUAACUGUGGCUUCGAAAAGACCUACCUCUUUGAUGUACUGAGCAAGAUCUACAUUGCCUCCGAUACUCGUCCAGUGGAUAUGGCCUGCUACGAAAUGUGCUCGGAUUAUAUAGAUGUGAUUGUGGAUAUCUCCGAGCUUUACUCGUGGGACCACCCCUCUCGCAAGCGACUGGGCGAACAGAUCCAAGAAGCCGAAAGUCAUGUAGUGCUACAUGACCAAACCAUGAUCCACCUGAUGGAGAUGAACAAGUAUCUUUGCUUGGUCUCUGUUAUCCGAAACCCCGAAGCCAAAGACAAGCGGGGUCUGAUUGAUAUGAAUUGUCGCACUUUCCAAGAUGCUCUGAAUGAAGUGUUUUCGCGUAGCUGGGAGGAGGGGUCUGCACCCCAAGAUGGAGGUUCUACAGCUGAAAUCAAGUGA